GCCCCGCAGCCUCGCCCCCUACGGCACCGGCCGGCGGCAGAGCGCUCACGAUGCUGCCGCCCGCGCCCUCCCUGCUCGGGCUGCUGCUGCUGCUGCUCCUGUGCCCCGCGCACGUCGGUGGACUGUGGUGGGCGGUGGGCAGCCCCCUGGUCAUGGACCCUACCAGCAUCUGCAGGAAAGCACGGCGGCUGGCAGGGCGGCAGGCUGAGCUGUGCCAGGCUGAGCCAGAAGUGGUGGCGGAGCUAGCCCGGGGCGCCCGGCUUGGGGUGCGAGAGUGCCAGUUCCAGUUCCGUUUCCGCCGCUGGAACUGUUCCAGCCACAGCAAGGCCUUCGGGCGCAUCCUGCAGCAGGACAUCCGGGAGACGGCCUUCGUGUUUGCCAUCACGGCUGCGGGCGCCAGCCACGCGGUCACGCAGGCCUGCUCCAUGGGCGAGCUGCUGCAGUGCGGCUGCCAGGCGCCCCGCGGCCGGGCCCCACCCCGGCCCCCUGGCCUGCCUGGCACCCCGGGCCCCCCGGGGCCCGCCGCCGGCUCCACCGAAGGCAGCGCCACCUGGGAGUGGGGAGGCUGCGGCGACGACGUGGACUUCGGGGACGAGAAAUCAAGGCUCUUUAUGGAUGCCCGGCACAAGCGGGGUCGCGGAGACAUCCGUGCAUUGGUGCAACUUCACAACAAUGAGGCAGGCCGUCUGGCCGUGCGGAGCCACACGCGCACCGAGUGCAAGUGCCACGGGCUGUCGGGCUCGUGCGCGCUGCGAACCUGCUGGCAGAAGCUGCCCCCGUUCCGCGAGGUGGGCGCGCGGCUGCUCGAGCGCUUCCACGGCGCCUCGCGCGUCAUGGGAACCAACGACGGCAAGGCUCUGCUGCCCGCCGUCCGCACCCUGAAGCCGCCGGGCCGCGCCGACCUCCUCUACGCCGCCGACUCGCCCGACUUCUGCGCGCCCAACCGGCGCACCGGCUCUCCGGGCACGCGAGGCCGCGCGUGCAACAGCAGCGCCCCGGACCUCAGCGGCUGCGACCUGCUGUGCUGCGGCCGCGGGCACCGCCAGGAGAGCGUGCAGCUCGAGGAGAACUGCCUGUGCCGCUUCCACUGGUGCUGCGUCGUGCAGUGCCACCGCUGCCGCGUGCGCAAGGAGCUCAGCCUCUGCCUCUGACGCGCCGCCGGCCCCCUCCCCCCCGCGCCCCGAACUGCGCGCCCCUCGGCGUCUGCGGGACCUCCGGACCCCAGCGGGGACCCUGCCCAGCUUCUCCCAGGCCUCCGGAAACUGAGAGGCGGCAGGGCUGGAGGUGAAGGCCCAGGGCACCCGAUUACCCCUCCUCCCUCCGGGAGGGAGCGCUCUGGGACUGCUGUGGGGGAGACUAUGCAGUCGCCCUCCCCCUUUGGCCGCCUAUGGAAACCAAAGAGCCAGGCUCUAGGCCUCUGGAUGCAGGACUCCUUAGAACUGUUGGCCUCGGGGUGGGUGGGUGAGUUUAGUAUCAAUAAAGGUAUUUAAACCCAUAGGACUGGGCCCACAGUUUGGGAGGGGAGCUUGGGGCUGCCAUGGGGCCAGGCUUCCCAAGAGGUGUGUAAAGGAAGAUGGCUUUGACAAAACUAGCAUCUCAGGGGUCAUUCUUAGGUCCCUAUAUCUUCCCAUCUAUUGGAUUAGGCUCUCCUGGCAAGGUGGUGAAGAGUCACCCUUGUCGCAUCUCUCCAGCCUGGAUCUGCAAGCAGGGGGAAGACCUAAGCCAUCUCUCCUCAAAGGAACAGACUGAACAGGUUUAGGAAAAGAAGACCAGAAGCCUCUGGUAGUGUAUUCAGCUCUCAGAUCAUCCCUCAUCUUAAUUCUAGGGGACUGUGACACCUUUACCUGCUUUUCUGUUUCUGUGACCCCUGAGGAAUUCGAGGGUAGAUGUUUAGGGCCACCCAAGCCCGUAGGAUUAAAGCACUUUAUCAACUGUA